ACACUGUUUUGCCUGACUCAUAAAGGCUGCGAGUUAAAACUGUCCCAAUCCAUCUUUAGGCCUGACGAUGUGCUGAUGGGUGAAGAGCAAACAUCUCAGAGGGUUUAUUAAGUGGGCCAGUUGCCAUAGCUACGCUUUGGCAGGAUAUUGCCAGGAUAAGCUGUAAUGGGUCUCCUGACGCAGUUCACUCUGCUCCUGUGGAAGAACUUCACUCUCCGGAAGAGACAAAAGGUGCGUCUGGUCGUUGAAGUGAUAUGGCCUCUGUUUCUCUUCUUCAUUCUGGUGUGGGUGCGCACCACCAACAACCCAAUUUACAAAGGCCAAUGCCACUACCCAAAUAAAGCCAUGCCAUCGGCUGGCGUGCUGCCCUGGCUUCAAGGGAUGAUAUGUAACAUCAACAAUCCCUGUUUGAACUAUCCAACGCCCGGGGAGACACCAGGCCAAGUCAACAACUUCCACAACUCCAUAGUUGCAGGGAUGUUAAUAGAGCUGCAAACCCUCGUGGUGAACGGGUCGAUUCUCAGUAAGGCUCAGCUGCUGGCGGAUGACAUUGAACAGUGGUCUUCAGUCCUGUCACAGUCCAACCCUGGCAAUGCUCAACCAGUGAUCCUGAGGACUAUCCUCAGAGACAAGGAGACUUUCUCCAAUCAUCUGGACGAGAAUUUGUCCGUGCCGCCAGAAGUGGUCAGAAGCCUCAUGAAUGCACAGAUAAAACUAAACCAAAUGACGGGAAUCCCACGGCCAGGCAGCCUGAGGAGCAUCCUGUGUGAGGGGACAGAUCUGGAUCAGUAUGUCCAAUUUAGCAGCCAAGCUGAAAAGGAGGCAUUUCAAAAUGUCAGCUGCUCCCUCACUCCACAGCAGCUGAUUAACACCCAGCAAGUUCUCCUGCAGAACCUGGACGAGAGGAAAGUGCUUUCGGAGCUUCCGGCAUCAUUGGAUCUUAAUGCAAUAGACACAGCAGCACUGUUGAGGAAAACUACACAAGAUGCACAACCAGUGUUUGAGGAGGUGGCCAGGCUGCAGAACUCUAUGAUAUUUAAGGCUGCUAGCUCAUUGGAUUUCCAAAAUAACAUGAUGGGCAGUAUGAAUAUGCUUCUGUGUGAGAAGCAGUCCGAUUUCAAUUCCACCAACAUGUACGUCAGUUCACGCUCAUCUGGCCUGAUGGAAAACAUCAAUUUACUGUCCACAAUGGGCAACAGUUCAGAUGAUUUUUGUCAGACUCUGGUCGACACCCUGGAGGGCACACCUGGUCUGCGCGUGAUUUGGAGCACCUUCAGGCCGUUAUUGCAGGGGAAGGUCCUCUACGCUCCCGAUACACCUGCUGCUCGCCUCAUUGUGAAGGAGGCGAACAGCACAUUCAACGCCUUGGCCAUGCUAAAAGAACUGGCAGAUUCCUGGGAUGAGCUCGGGCCACGUGUCUGGGACUUCCUUCAAAACAGCACUCAAGUCAAUGCAGUGCGGGCUUUGCUGGCCAAUCCAGUGUUUGCCAUUGCCCUCAACCAGGGUCUAGGCGGCACAGCAUGGACUGCUGAGCAAUUGGAAAACUUCCUGUACAACGGGCCCCCAGAGGACCGUCCACCCGGCAUGCCGCCCCAAGACUGGCGGGAUUUGUACAACACCACAACCGAAAUGCUGAAGCUUCUCUCCAAGUUCCUCGGUUGUUUGGACCUGAAUAAGUUUGAGGCAGCCUCAGAUGAAGGUCUUCUGGUGACCAAAGCCCUGGAGCUCCUGGAGAAUGACACCUUCUGGGCUGGCAUCGUCUUUGAAAACCUCCAACCGGAUUCCAGCCAGCCCCCUCCUUAUGUCAAAUACAAAAUCCGCAUGGACGUCGACGAGGUGGAGCAGACCGUCAUACUGAAAGAGAUGUCUUGGUCUCCCGGGGCCCGAGACAACUCCUUUAAUGACCUGCGCUAUAUAUGGGGAGGCUUCGCUUACCUGCAGGACAUGAUGGACCACGGCAUUAUACGAGCGCAGACGUCAAAGACCCAACCCCUCGGUGUUUUCACACAGCAAAUGCCGUAUCCUUGCUAUGUGGAUGACGGCUUCAUCCAGAAUAUCGGAGGCAUCCUCCCCAUGUUCUUGGUGCUGAGCUUCAUGUACACCGUUUGCAUGACCAUCAAAGGCCUGGUGCUGGAGAAGGAGCUCCGGCUCAAGGAAGUGCUGCGUGCCGUUGGCAUUCAAAACGGAGCCCUUUGGUCCGCCAGGUUCAUAGAAAACAUAGUCCUGCUCACAGUUCCCUGUGCGCUCAUAAGUGUCAUGGUUAAGUACGGCAAAGUGCUGCAGUACAGCGACCCGUCUGUAAUCUUUGUCUUCCUGCUGGUCUUCUGCCUGGCCACCAUCAGUCAGUGCUUCUUCAUCAGCGUCUUCUUCUCCAAGGCUAACUUAGCAGCGGCGUGCGGCGGCCUCAUCUACUUUGUCCUCUACCUGCCGCACGUCCUCUGCUACGCCUGGAGGGACGUCAUGGGUUUGGGGGCCAAGGUUGCUGUGAGUUUAUUGUCAUGCGUCGCCUUCGGCUAUGGCUGCGAGAAUUUCGCCAAGUACGAAGUGCAAGGCAUCGGCAUUCAGUGGAGCAACAUUAACACGAGUCCAGAAGAGGGGGAUCACUACACCUUCAUCGUGUCCAUCCUCAUGAUGCUCUGUGAUGCUGCUCUUUACUGGAUGCUCACCUGGUACAUCGAGAAUGUCUUUCCAGGCCAAUAUGGAAUCCCUAAGCUGUGGUACUUCCCUUUCACUUCAUCUUAUUGGUGUGGGACGGCCUCAGUGACUCGCUCUGACCCCGACCUGCUGAAAGACUCUACACACAACGCGUAUCUGGAGAAAUCACAGCCAAAUAUGAAACCCGGAGUCUCAAUACGCAAUCUUGUUAAAAUCUACAAGACGGGAAAGAAACUGGCUGUGGACGGACUGAGCGUGGACUUCUACGAGAAUCAGAUCACAUCUUUCCUCGGCCACAAUGGAGCUGGAAAAACAACCACAAUGUCAAUUCUAACUGGACUCUUCCCGCCCACAUCUGGAACAGCUCUCAUCAACGGCUAUGACAUCCACACUGACAUGGACAGCAUCCGGAAGUACCUGGGCAUGUGCCCGCAGCACAACGUCUUGUUCAAUGAGCUGACAGUAGAGGAGCAUAUCUACUUCUACUCCAGGCUGAAAGGACGCAGCCGCGACGAGGUGAAAAUCGAGAUGGACCAGAUGAUUAAGGACGUUGGUUUACCACAUAAGCGGCAUGAUCUUGUAAAAAACCUGUCAGGUGGCAUGCAGAGGAAGCUGUCUGUGGCUAUAGCGUUUGUGGGCGGCUCGAAAAUCGUCAUCUUGGAUGAACCUACCGCAGGAGUGGACCCCUAUGCCCGCAGGGGUAUCUGGGAACUGCUGUUAAAGUACAAACAAGGCAGGACCAUCAUUUUGUCUACACACCACAUGGACGAGGCGGACAUCUUGGGUGAUCGCAUUGCGAUCAUUUCCCACGGCAAGAUGCGUUGCUGUGGCUCCUCACUCUUCCUUAAGAAAUGUUUCGGCAGCGGUUACUACCUCACUCUGGUCCGAGAUGGGACGGGGAAGAUGACAUCUCAGCGUGAUGGAAUCAUACAGAGUCAGGCCAAAGAGGAGAAAGUCUUUACUUCAAGGGGAAGCAGCCCGGAUGACGGGAUCGGCAGCCAGAGUUGGGACGACUCCGAUCCCUCAGGCUUGACAGCUGUAGGUCAACUCGUGCGGCGCCUUGUCCCCGAGGCCGUCUUUUUGGAGAGCAUCGGUCAGGAGAUCACCUACAUCCUGCCUUAUGGUGGAGCCAGAGACGGGACCUUUGCUCUGCUCUUCCAAGAGCUCGACCUAGCCAUGGCUGACCUGGGCCUGACCAGCUACGGCAUCUCUGACACCACACUGGAGGAGAUAUUUCUCAAAGUGGCUGAAGACACUGAAGUGGAUCAGACAAAUCCAGCAACAAAGGAGGUGCCGGGGAGAGACUGCAAGAGAAGCUCCCGCGAAUCCAAGCGGAACAGCAUCGCCAGCGUCCACUCGAAAACAGGACAAGCCUCUGGAAUGACGGAACUAAAGGAAAAGCUCACAAGGAAAGUGGAAGACUCCAACAGGAACGUCAGCGUCGGUGGGAGGGGAUCCACGGUCAUCACCGGGUGGAGGCUGAUCAGGAGGCAGUUCCUGGCGCUCUUUAUCAAGCGCUUCCACAACGCCCGGAGGAGCCGCAAGGGACUCAUUGCCCAGGUGGUUUUGCCUGCUGUUUUUGUGUGCCUGUCACUGAUCUUCUCGCUCAUCGUCCCACCAUUCACGGAGUAUCCGAGCCUGGAGAUGCAGCCCUGGAUGUAUGGUCUGCCUCAAACCACCUUCUACAGCAAAGAUCUGCCAGAUAAUGCUGAGGUGUCUCGGGUGGUGGAAAACUUGGUGAACACGCCUGGCUUUGGGACUCGCUGCAUGAAUGGAAACCCAAUACCGAAAUUACCAUGCUCCUCAAGUGGCUCUGAUUGGUUCACUCCAUCGGUGGACCAGUCCAUCACUGACAUCUUCCUGAACGGAAACUGGAGCAUGUCGAACCCUUCCCCCUCCUGUCAGUGCAGCACGCCUAAGCGGACCAUCAUGUUACCCGACUGUCCACUUGGUGCGGGGGGGCUCCCUCCACCUCAGAGGGUUCAGAACACGACCGACACACUGCUGGAUUUAACUGGGCGGAACGCGACGGACUUACUGGUCAAGACUUUUGAACGCUCCGGUAAAACAAGGUACGGAGGGAUCUCUGUCGGAGCAGUCAACUCCCAGGUCCGUCUGACCGAGGCAGCAAUCGAAGCUUCAUUCAAGGAUCUCAAAGACCUAUUCAGUUCAUUUCAAGAUAAUGUGACUGAUCAGAUCUUCCCGAAGGCUGAGACGCUGCUGAAGAAGCUGGGGACCAGGGACAACGUAAAGGUGUGGUUCUAUAACCAGGCUUGGCAUAGCGUGCCAUCCUUCCUCAGUGUGGCCAACAACGCCAUCCUGAGGGGGAAUCUGCCGGCAGGAAAGGACCCCCGUCAGUAUGGCAUCUCCGUGUCCAAUCACCCUCUGAACCUCACCAAGGCACAGCUCUCCUACGUCGCUAUAGCCACGUCCUCCACCGACGUCGUGGUGUCCAUCUGCGUUAUCUUUGCCAUGUCCUUCAUCCCAGCCAGCUUCGUCCUCUUCCUCAUCCAGGAGAGGGUGAACAAAGCCAAGCAUCUGCAGUUUGUGAGCGGAGUAAACCCCACUGUGUACUGGUUGGCAAACUUUGCCUGGGAUAUGUGUAACUACGUCGUACCCUGCCUGAUUGUGAUCGUGAUCUUCCUCUGCUUCCAACAAAAAGCCUACGUUUCUCCUGCUAACCUGCCGGCUUUGAUCCUGCUGCUUGUUUUGUAUGGGUGGUCUAUCACCCCCAUGAUGUACCCCGCCUCCUUCAUCUUCAGUGUUCCCAGCACAGCCUACGUGGUGCUCACCUGUAUCAACCUCUUCAUCGGCAUUAAUGGCAGUGUGGCCACUUUUGUAAUGGAGCUCUUUGAUGAUGAUAAUGUGUCCCGCAUCAACGACAUCGUGAAGCAGGUGCUGCUGAUAUUCCCUCACUUCUGUCUGGGCAGAGGGCUAAUCGACAUGGCCAAGAACCAGGCCAUGGGCACACUCUUCAGUAGUUUUGGAGAAGACCGUUUCAAGGACCCACUCAGUUGGGAUAUGGUCGGAAAGAACCUUUUGGCCAUGUCCAUCCAGGGAGUCAUCAUGUUCACCCUCACAAUCCUCAUCCAGUACAAGUUCUUCUGCAAACCCAGGCUCAUUACAGCGAAGUCAUUAUCCGAAGAGGAAGAGGACAUCGAUGUAGCCCGGGAACGUGAGCGGGUGUAUGAUGGGCGGGCCCAGAACGACCUCCUGCAGAUCUGUGACCUCACUAAGGUGUACCCCCGGAAGAGCACCCCUGCUGUGGACAGGCUAUGUGUAGGCGUACCUGCCGCAGAGUGUUUCGGCUUGCUGGGAAUCAACGGGGCUGGAAAAACCACCACGUUUAAGAUGCUGACAGGAGACAUCCCAGUCUCCAGUGGAGAGGCCUUCCUAAAUGGAUACAGCAUACGAACAGCAAUGAGGGACGUGCACCAGAACUUGGGCUAUUGUCCCCAGUUUGAUGCCAUUGAUGAGCUGCUGACUGGGCGAGAGCAUCUGGAGUUUUACGCCAGGUUACGAGGGGUACCGGAGAAAGAAGUCACUAUGGUUGCCGAAUGGGGGAUCCAGAAACUGGGACUUGUCAAAUAUUCCAACAAGUCAGCAGGAACAUACAGCGGCGGGAACAAACGCAAGCUUUCCACAGCGAUGGCUCUGAUCGGAUGUCCCCAAGUGAUUUUCCUGGAUGAGCCCACUACUGGGAUGGACCCCAAAGCCCGGCGCUUCCUUUGGGACUGCAUCCUGAGUAUCAUCAAAGAGGGACGCUCAGUUGUUCUCACAUCCCACAGCAUGGAGGAGUGUGAGGCACUGUGCACACGCAUGGCCAUCAUGGUGAACGGACGCUUCAAAUGUUUCGGAAGCAUUCAGCAUCUUAAGAACAGAUUUGGUGAUGGCUACACAGUCAUUGUUAGGGUUGGAGGAUCUCCUCCUGAGCUUAAGCCAGUGGAGGAUUUCGUCCUGCAGACCUUCCCGGGCAGCAUCCUGAAAGAGAAGCAUCACAACACACUGCAGUAUCAGCUCCCAUACGCACAGGGAGCGUUAGCCAACAUGUUCAGCCAGUUCACCAACAACCAGGAGAGGCUGGGUUUGGAGGACUACUCAGUGUCCCAGACCACUCUGGAUCAGGUCUUUGUGAAUUUUGCAAGGCACCAGCACGAUGAGAACGAAUCUGCGGCCUAUGACAACCCAGUGGACGUUUCAGACGAGCUGCCAUUGAAGACUGUGAAGACCGUCCAUGAAGAGAAGGUUUAACUUGCAUGGGAACAGCUUAACAGCAAUUAAGCAAUCAACUUUAAACAUGUCUGUAUGGGGAUGAUUUGACAGGAGGGAGAAAAAAAACAACCACACAGAGUUGAAGUUUUUCUUUUAAUCACCAUUUUGUGCCUACACUCUCACUCACACACCUUUUUAUACUUUUGAUUAUAAAAACAGUCCAUGCAUUGCAAAACCUCCCAUCUUCUGGCGUUAUUUAUGGGAAUCAAAUCCUAAAAACGUAUAUAACCAGUUGGAAUAUUUUCAAUUUGCUCUUUGAAUCAUUUUUUUCUUCUGAAUGUUUACAUGUCAGAAACAAUGAGAGGAUCACUCCACAUGAUACAAAUAUAACUGUUUUUGUUAAAGAGUUUAAACGAUAUAAAUCAAUGUGCAUGUGAAAAAAAGCUUUAAAAAAAUCUUGCUGCUCUGACAGAAUUGUCAUGCACUGAGAAAAAUCAUCGUUAGGACUAAAUCAUAGAUUAAAACGACUUUAUAAGAAGAAUACAAUCAACACUAAUGUACAAAGAUUGAACAGCUAAAAUCUUUGAGUUAGUCUGCUCACAACAUUUGUCUCGGGAGGUGGAAAGGACGGAUUGCUGGACUUAAAAGCGUUUUACAUGGUACAUAAUUUUGUUUACUGUUUGUAAUAAUGAUGAUAUGUUUGACUGUUUAACUGUAAAAGAAGAAGGCUUGCACUGAUUUAUUUAAACAGGGGGAAUCAGGUCACAUAUAUGGCUUCAUACUGCUGGUAAGUUGGGAAGUAGGAGGUUAGAUCAGUCAAAGUGUGUUGAUAUUAAAGAUGAAAGAGAAGUUAUAACUCUGCAUUAAGACAGGAUGCUGAAAUUGGUUCCAUUUAAUGUUUUUUUUUUUAUCUUGAGCACCUGAAUCACUGUAACUGAGAGAAAAUAACUAUAAAAUGUGAAAAAACACCAAACAUUUACAAUACAGAGUUUAUCAGUUUAUCACCAAUUACUAAUUUAAGUGAUGUCACAUCUUUCCAGAGUUACAAAUCAUCGGAAAUCAGGAGAUUAACGUUUUAUAUUUUGUAUGCCUCGUCUUUUUUUUUUAUGGAUCACUUUUUGCCUUGAUAUAAUUGAAACAGACCCUUUUAUUGUAAUCAGACAUUCUGAUACAGUCUGAGUGUGAAUGUCACAGAAUAAAGCACUCUGAGAACUGUGCAGUUCAAGAGAAUGCAUUUUCUCUCUGUGCCAUUUAAACACACAAUGAGAGCUCUGAGAACCAUUUUGCAAUAAAAAAAUAAUCAGUGUGGAUGGCGUAUAUUAUUUAAAUCUUUCAUUUGUGACAGCUUUGUUGUAUUAUUCAAGUAUGUAGACCAUUUUAUCGGAAUUGACCAUUUGCUAAGGCCUGCCCCAUUUACUUCCUCUUUUUAAAAGAAGAAUGUGCGACUUUUUUGUAUCGCUCUUGAGCACCAACAUGAAAACCAAAACAAACUGCUGUUUGGCGACACCUCGGCUAUUCUGAAGCAUCCGCUCAGAACAAACAUUAGCUUCUUUUCUUAAAUCUUUAAUUCUUCAAACAUUCAUUUAUAACAUUGAGCAUCAAUGAUUAGUUUCAAGACUAAUGUUAGCAUGAACCCUGAACACUACUCUGACCAGCUGCCAAUCAUAAAAAUAGAGAAAUAUUAGCUCACAGGAUGGAAGUACUAAAAAGGUUUUUUUUUUUUAUUGACCCAUAAACUCCAAAGGUGUUCAGUGAUAUUCUCCCUGUGCAGUUCUGUCUCUUACAAACUCUGUUUACACAGAUUUACAACAGCAGUACUUGGGAAACAGUGCAGAAAGAAUAUUGAUUUCUAAAAAAAAACAUAAUGAGGACAUGUUGGUAAUUAACAGAUGUUGCAAAUCGCAAAAAUUACUUGCUGGAAAAAAUCUCACAAUACAUCGAACUAGUUGUUUUUCAUCACAGCCUCCCCAGCAGAAAUAUUGUGUUUUGUAAAAAAAUCCAAGAUGAAUGACCUUGUAAGCAAAGUUGCUAACGAAGAUGUUAACCAGUGUGAGUGACAUCAGAGCCGAUAAACUCACAUUCUGUUUAACCCAUUCCUCACACUUUGCUUUCCAUCUAUUGGUGUUUAACAGCAAAGAGCUUGAAAGUGAGAGCUGUCCUUGCAGUACAUGUAGUUACUAAGCAACCUUUGGACAACCUCUGAAAAAGGGGAGGGGUUAGCAAAUGGUCAAUAAGAUACCAUGGAAACAGCCAUUAGUGUCUCUUGUUUACUAUGACAAAAUACUUUUCAGAGGGAAAGAAAUGCCUUUCUAGAAUAAUAUUAAAGAUAAAUCACAUUGACUAUGUAUUGAAUGAAUGAUAUUAUUGUAUACCUCAGGAAUGUCAUUUUACCUCAGGAAUAUCCUCAUGUAGAUGUGAAGAGUGCUUCAAAGCUAUAUUCUUAUUCCGUGUACUGAACUGUAUAGCUUCGGCUGAAUAUACGUGUCCUGAAUAUUAAAAAUCUAAAUUGUUUUUUCCUUCCUGUGUUGAAAUAACUUUGCACUUUCUUCAGAAUGUAAAUACCUCCUCAGUCUGCCUCUCACAGACGCUCUGGUUUACAUUAAGAGCCUGACAUCAUUUGUUCGCCUCACAUUACUAUCACGCCCGCUUGGAAAAGAAAAAUGAAAAACUAUUUGUACUGUAAUACUGCUUCAUGCCAAGACAAACGAUUAAACAUUUGCACACAUUGUAA